AUGCGGCCCCGGACUGCUGCUUGGCGGUGGAUUCCGCCCGUUCUGUUGGGCUGGGGAGCUUUGCUGUGUUACUUAGGGGGUCACUUGGUACUAGAUAACGACCACCCGGAUCCCGCCAGCCGAGAGCUGCCCGAGAUUCUGGCGGAGCUUGAACACUUGCAACAGCGUCAUGAAGACGUGAGGCGAAAGGCUGCGUCUCUGGGGGUCCCCGAAGGCCCCCUUGAUGGGGGGCCAGCUGCGGGGAGGGUGAGCGCGUUAGAAGCACAGCUUGCGAAGGCCAAGGAACAGAUCGAAAGUUACACGAAACCAACCAGAAGCGGUCUUGGGAAAGACCACGAAGUCCUGCGGAGGAGGAUCGAACAGGGAACGAAAGAGCUCUGGUUUUUCCUGCAGAGUGGAUUGCAGACAGUAAGGGAUUUAGAAGGAAAUGACCGCCGGAGGCGGGCUGAUGAGUUUCUGUCAGACUUGGGCCACCGGGAAAGGUCCAUCAUGACGGAUCUCUACCACCUCAGUCAAACGGAGGGAGCAGGUGACUGGCGAGAAAGAGAGGCCAAGGAUCUCACAGAGCUGGUCCAGAGGAGAAUGGCCUAUCUCCAGAAUCCCAAGAACUGCAGCAUCGCAAAGAAGCUGGUGUGUAACGUGAACAAGGACUGUGGCUACGGCUGCCAGCUCCACCACGUGGCCUACUGCUUCAUGAUCGCGUAUGGUACCCAGAGGACCCUCAUCCUGGAAUCUCAGAAUUGGGCCUACGCGACCGGUAGAUGGGAGACCGUGUUUAGACCUGUAAGCGAGACCUGCACGGAUCGAUCCGGCACCUCCACUGGACUUUGGUCCGGCGAAGUGAAGGACAGAGAUGUGCAGGUCGUCGAGCUGCCCAUCGUGGACAGGCUUGCUCCCCGUCCUCCGUAUCUACCCCUGGCCGUCCCGGAAGACCUGGCAGAGCGCCUCAUUCGCGUCCACGGGGACCCUGCAGUGUGGUGGGUGGCCCAGUUUGUCAAAUACUUGAUCCGCCCCCAACCUUGGCUGGAAAAGGAAAUAGAGGUGGCCACCGAGAAGCUCGGUUUCAAGCAUCCGGUGGUCGGCGUCCACGUCCGACGCACAGACAAAGUGGGAGCAGAAGCAGGCUUCCAUCAAAUUGAGGAGUACAUGGUGCACGUGGAAGGACAUUUUCAGCUUCUGGCGUGCAGGAUGCAAGUGGACACAAAGAGAGUGUACUUGGCCACAGACGACCCUUUUUUAUUAAAGGAGGCACAAACAAAGUACCCUGAUUAUGAAUUUAUUAGUAAUAACUCCAUCUCCUGGGCAGCUGGACCACACAGUCGAUACUCAGAACAGUCCCUGCGGGGGGUGAUCCUGGAUGUGCACUUUCUCUCCCAGGCUGACUUCCUCGUGUGCACCUUCUCAUCCCAGGUCUGUCGAGCUGCUUACGAGAUCAUGCAAACGCUGCAUCCCGACGCCUCGGCGAAUUUCCACUCUUUGGACGACAUCUACUAUUUUGGGGGCCAGGAUGCCCACAACCAGGUUGCCCUCUAUCCUCACCGUCCUCGAACCACAGGUGAAAUCCCCAUGGAGCCGGGAGACAUUAUCAGUGUGGCUGGAAACCACUGGGAUGGCUAUUCCAAAGGCGUCAACAGAAAGCUGAGAAGGAUGGGCCUCUAUCCCUCCUACAAAGUUCGGGAGAAGAUCGAAACAGCCAAGUACCCCACCUAUCCCGAGGCCGAGAAAUGGGAAAACGGACCGCCAAACCCAGUUCAAACCACUUGA